AUGCCUAUGCUUCGAGAGCCCUGGAAAAAAUACCGCAAGUUCAAGCCUCUUGACUUGCCUAACCGACAAUGGCCCUCGCGGACCAACGACAAGCCUCCUCGGUGGCUGGCCACUGAUUUGCGAGACGGCAAUCAAAGCCUUGUUGAUCCGAUGGAUGGUGAACAAAAACUGCGCUUCUUCAAGAUGCUUGUUGAACUGGGUUACAAGGAAAUCGAAGUCUCGUUCCCUUCCGCUUCGCAAACCGACUACGACUUUACAAGAUACCUGAUCGAAACCCCCGGCGUGGUCCCCGACGACGUUUGGGUGCAGGUUCUGUCACCCUGCCGCGAGGACUUCAUCCGGCGGACUGUGGAGUCUGUAAGAGGAGCCAAAAAGGCCAUUUUACACUUAUAUCUUGCUACCAGUGAAUGCUUCCGCAGAAUUGUGUUUGGCAUGACUGAAGACGAGACUCUUGCCCUGGCUGUCAAGUGUACCAAGUUUGCGAGAUCCAUCACGAAGGACGAUCCUAGCCACGCAGGUACAGAAUGGCUCUACGAAUUCAGCCCCGAGACCUUUUCAGAUACGUCGCCCGAGUUUGCGGUACGAGUGUGCGAAGCGGUAAAAGAAGCGUGGGAGCCGACCGAAGAUAGCAAAUUGAUUUUCAACCUCCCCGCCACGGUGGAAAUGGCCACACCAAAUAUAUUCGCGGACCAGAUCGAAUACUUUUGCACCCAUAUGACCGAGCGUGAGAAAUUUUGUGUCUCGGUGCAUCCUCACAACGACCGAGGCUGUGCUGUAGCAGCUGCAGAGCUGGCUCAGAUGGCGGGUGCUGAAAGAGUCGAAGGCACUCUAUUCGGCAAUGGGGAACGAACCGGGAAUGUUGAUCUCGUUACCCUGGCUCUCAAUCUGUAUACGCAAGGUGUCUGGCCCAAUGUUGAUUUCAGUGACAUCAACAAAGUCAUCCGCGUCUGUGAAGAAUCAACAAAGAUACCCGUCAAUGAGCGGUGGCCUUAUGGUGGCCAGUUAGUAGUUUGUGCCUUCAGCGGCUCACACCAAGACGCUAUCAAAAAGGGGUUUCAGCUUCGGAAAAAGGAAGGUCGUGGUGCUGAGGAUCCAUGGGAACUGCCCUACCUGCCACUCGAUCCUCAGGACAUCGGACGUACAUACGAAGCCGUCAUCAGAGUCAACUCACAGUCUGGUAAAGGGGGUGUCGCCUGGAUUAUCCAACGCAGCCUGGAACUGGACCUGCCCCGCGGGUUGCAGAUCGCAUUCAGCAAGAUUGUGCAAAAAGAAGCCGAUGCCAAAGGUCGAGAGUUGCUUCCUCGAGAAAUCCAGGCCCUGUUUGAAGAGUCGUAUCAUCUCAGGAAGAAUCCGCGAUUUACUCUCAUCGACUACAACAUCACAGCUGUUCGGACUCCCUCACCAGCGCCCCAGACGAAGAUUUCGGCAGGCCAGCCACCCCAGACAACGGCGCCGGCCCAAAAUACCUCGACUGCCAAACGACAGUUUGCAGGUAUCAUUGCCAUUGAUGGAGUUCAGCACCCGAUCGUGGGGGUGGGCAAUGGUGCCAUUUCCUCCCUCGCCAAUGCUUUACAUUCCUUGGGAAUUGAUCUUGAUGUGGCGGAUUACAAGGAGCACGCCAUUGGUGAAGGGAGAGAAGUGAAAGCUGCUACGUAUAUAGAGUGUACGGCAAGCAACUCGAGCGAGAAAGUAUGGGGAGUUGGCAUACAUGAAGAUGUGGUCCAGGCAUCCUUGAUCGCGUUGUUGAGUGCAGCAAGCUCGAAAGCUGACUCUCAAACUCGGCAGUUCUUGACAUCGCGGGUUUCCACGCCGGUCCCUUUUAAACCUAAGCACCUGAGGCAGUUUUCUGAAGCGGAACUCGAAGCUUUGGAGCGUCUGAACCUGAACAAUGGCUCCGACAGCCCUAACAGCCCAUUGAGAUCGUCCGUGACUGCAACAGAAGGAGGUGUUACACCGUCUAAAUUGAACAAGGAGACGAAUCCAAGCAGCGUUGCCGCGAACAAGAUUGACAUCGACUUGCUGGAACAGAAGGCUGAGUCUGUCAAUGGGCACGUCGUCGACCCCUAUGGACGCCAGACUGGACCUCGCAUUAUAGAAACCAUGGCCUCGGCCGGUCGCUCUCCUUCCGCACGUCGUUUCCUCAAACCACUCCUUUAUUCUGGUGCUGCGAUCGCCGGGAUUGGAGGCACCAUAUUGUACCUCUCCUACCGUCCCAUCAAUGUUCCUGGCUCUCAAGGCGCCAUCGUCCCCAUCCCGCGAACAGAGGACGGCACGAUCAUCCCUCCCAAGUUCCCCUUGAUCAAGCCCCGUGCGGAACAGAUCGCCGACCUCAGGAAGAGUGGUGGACUGGUGGGCGCCGCAGCGGAAACGCCCAUCCGGCAACAGUUGAAGAAUAGUUUAGACCGAUUAAGAGGCGCAACAAGUGGCGAUAGCGACACGAGCUUGCCAGCGGAACAAGAAGCUGGGGAGCCAUACGAUCUCUUGGUCAUCGGGGGAGGGGCAACAGGUUCAGGCAUUGCGCUGGAUGCUGCUACUCGUGGUCUCAAGGUUGCCUUGGUCGAGCGCGAUGAUUUUGCGGCGGGGACAAGUAGUAAGAGCACGAAACUUGUGCACGGUGGUGUACGAUACCUUGAAAAGGCGUUCUGGGAGCUGGACUACAAUCAAUAUGCUCUGGUCAAGGAGGCUCUGCGUGAGAGGAAAUAUUUCCUCGACACAGCCCCUCAUCUAUCCAUGUGGCUUCCUAUCAUGAUACCUUUGCAGAAAUGGUGGCAAGCACCGUAUUUCUGGGCAGGUACAAAGCUUUACGACUAUCUGGCAGGUAGCGAAGGCAUUGAAACCAGCUACUUCUUGACCAAGAGCAAGGCCCUGGACGCAUUUCCGAUGUUGAGAAAAGAGAAUUUGGUGGGAGCGCUGGUGUACUAUGAUGGCGCGCACAACGACAGUCGCAUGAACAUUUCCAUUGCGGCAACGGCUGCGCUGUACGGUGCGACUGUGGUCAACCAUAUGGAAGUCACCGGCUUGACCAAGGACCAGAAUGGCAAACUGAAUGGUGCUGUUGUUCGAGAUGUGAUUGCCGAAAAGAAUGGCAAGCCGGCGGCGCCUUUUACGAUACGCGCCAAAGGCAUCAUCAAUGCGACAGGGCCUUUCUGCGACUCGAUACGAAAGAUGGACGACCAGAAUGUCCAGGAAAUUGUUGCUCCUAGUUCUGGUGUCCACGUGGUGCUCCCGGGAUAUUACAGUCCGCAGAGGAACUCGAUGGGUCUGAUCGAUCCUGCAACGUCGGAUGGCCGUGUCAUCUUCUUCCUCCCCUGGCAAGGGAACACGAUCGCCGGCACGACCGACGCCCCCUGUAAGAUCACCCAGCAUCCGAUCGCUGGGGAGGAGGAAAUCGGCUGGAUUUUGAACGAGAUCAAGGGAUAUCUGUCCCCGGAGAUCAACGUCCGACGUGGUGAUGUGCUUGCCGCCUGGUCGGGGAUUCGCCCGCUCGUAAAAGAUCCCAAAGCUAAGAAUACCGAGUCAUUGGUGCGAAAUCAUCUAGUGACAGUCUCGACCUCAGGACUGCUCACCUGUGCUGGUGGUAAAUGGACAACAUAUCGUCAAAUGGCAGAGGAUGCGGUCGAUGAAGCUAUCGACCAAUUCGGGCUACAGACAAGGCCACUAACAACUCCGACGAGAAUUAGUGGGACUGAGAAGAUGGACGACGCUGCUCCGCUCGAUGGGACUUGCCAAACACACCAAGUCAGGCUUGUUGGUGCCCAUGGAUUUUCCAAGACUCUGUUCAUCAAUCUGAUUCAACAUUUCGGUCUCGAGACCGAAGUGGCAAAGCAUCUUGCGGAGGCAUAUGGUGAUCGUGCAUGGACUGUGGCAGCACUUUCAAGCCCGACCAACGAGAGGUUCCCAGUGCGAGGAAAGCGUAUUUCGGCGCUUUACCCAUUUAUAGAUGGAGAAGUACGGUACGCAGUCAGACACGAAUUCGCGCAACGAGCCGUGGAUGUGAUUGCACGAAGGACAAGAUUAGCAUUCCUGAACGCCCAAGCGGCGUUGGAAGCCUUGCCUAAUGUUAUCGAUUUGAUGGCCGAAGAGCUAAAGUGGGACAGCAAGAGGAAAGACAUCGAAUGGAAGGAGAGCGUGGCUUUUCUGGCCUCGAUGGGCCUCCCACGGAGCAAGUUGAAUGUCUCGAGAAAGGAUGUUGAGAGUGGAAAAGCCGGGUUCGCCGACGAAUACGAGAGGAAGCUUUAUUCAAGAUAUGAUGGUCCAGCGGACACUCUCGAGAGUGACUCGAAAUUGAGACCGGGACAAAAUCCAGUCCUGGGACAAGACUCGCCCGCCAACAAGUAG